CUGAGUCCUGGCUACUAUAUUAUUGAGUCGUGCUUGGCAUUAAAAUUCUCCGCGAUAAACUUAUGUGGGACAAUUUGACAGCUCGGGAUUUCACAAUUCGGCUGACAAUUCCGUGAGUGAGGGGCGAGUGCGUCAAGAGAGUCGGAGAAAGCGGACGGCAGGCGGACGGCACAGGACACAGGACCGGAGAGAGGAUGGCCAAGGCGAUUGGGCGGUGCUCGCAGCCGCUCAUGUCCACCUUUGCCUCUGCGUGAGAGCCCAGGGCAAACUAUGGACCAGGACAGGUCGAGCGUCAAGUCGAACGACUCGGGGGGCGGAUUUGAGUUCGUGCAGAGCUCGCGCGAGGACCAACCAGAGCUGAAGAUUGCCAACAACGGAGACCUGGAGGAGCUCAAACUGAGCCUCAGCGAAGUGCUCAAGGAGGAGAGGACCAUGGAGGAGCAGGGGAAGCGGGUUGGCGCUAGUAAAUUCUACAUUGCCUCUCCACAGGAAGGAAAGGAGUCGGACAUCGUUUUCGAGACACCCACUUUUGAUGGCCACGAUGACGGCGCCGUUUUCAACCAAAUCUCGUAUCUGGGAGCCGCCAACAUCAACGCGCCAAAAAGCGAGGCCGAAAUCCACAGGAACAUGGCCAUUUUGAACCGUGAGCAGGGACAGGACCAGUGCAUCAGGGUCAGCGUCAAAAUUCCCAGUUGCUCGUCAGAAAAUACAAUGAUAUGUUAUCGGUCAGCAGGAAGCGUGGUGCUAAUCGACGCGGCGACAAUGCAGAUAAUAACCUCGUAUGAAGUGCAGCGCAUUCUGUUCUACGCACACGGAAUCGCCGACUCGGACGAGGCAGCGUGCUUCGCCUUCACUUGGUCCCACGGCAAUUCGCAAGAGUCUGCCAUCUUCCAGUGCCAUGUUUUCAGAUGCGACAUUCCGGAAGCUGUGCGGCAAGUGUCUGCCUGCUUUGCAAAAGCAUUCAUGCGCUCGCCGCCGAAGCCUCAACCGUCCUUGAUGUGUGAUGAAAGCCAGGGUGAUCUCAAGCCGUCGUCCCUGCAAUCCCCUGUCUCCACAAUGUCCGAAUUGUUCAUCUUUGAGCUCACCAUGGAUAUCAAGGAGGAGGACUCAAAGGGAGGCUAUUACGUGGUGCCGAAAGACCGGUCGCAGUUCAAGCUUCGCGCAAACACCGAGAAGCAGUUGUGUUUUAGCGUGCACCAAGUGUCGUCGGUGCACCAGCGCAUCCUGCACAUCGAAAGGUGUUUCGGGGUGCUCGUGUGUCCGGGACGGAACGUGCGGCACGCGGACAUGCGCCUCCUGGAAAUGUUGUCGAUGGGCAACGACCCCGGGAGCAACAAGUACAUCAUCACGGGGCAGUGGGACUCGAGCGAUCCCGCACUCGAAUCGCUCAACCUGGUCGAAGAGCCGUCGUCCGCCAACAAAAGCUACGUCACCGUGGCCAUCGACCUGGUGAUCCGAGGCAUCCAGGAGCCGGUGCGCCUGCAGCUCGAGACCAAAGUCAAGGUCUACCCGAAAAACGAGCGCUUUUGGAAUCUGAGCAAACGCCAGCUGGUUCAGCAGUUUUAUUUGAAUUUGAAGGAACUGGCCGCCUCCGACACGAACGAGCCGCAAUUCGAAGUGAUCUCGGUGGACACCUCUGGUGAAAUAGACAGGACCAACAAAAGUUUGGGCAUCACCUUGUCUGGACUGAUGAGUUUGCAGCUUGUCGACCCGAUUUUGUCGCCGAAAGAGGAAAAGGAGGACGACUUUCGGGACGACGAGUUGUCAGGUAUCAAGGAUUAUAACGACGAGCCGAUGCUGAGUGGAACCGGCAACGUGUCAAAAGACUGCAGUGCGGCGCUUUUGGAGCAGUGGUCGGAAGCACUGACCAAGUGGACGCAGACUGGAACGAGGCCUAAGCAAUUGACGCACCUGGUUUACCAGGGCAUUCCGGACGCCCUUCGAGCCGAAAUCUGGCAGAGGCUGGCCGGCCACAGCGAGGACGUCAUGGACAAAUACCGCGUGCUGAUCACCAAGGAGAGCAGUUGCGAGUCGGUCAUCCAGAGGGACAUCAACCGCACCUUUCCGGCGCACGACUUUUUCAAGAAGGCCGGCGGACUCGGCCAAGACUCGCUUUUUAGACUUUCCAAGGCGUACGCUGUGUACGACGAAGAGGUGGGCUACUGCCAGGGUCUGAGCUUUCUGGCGGCGGCGCUGUUGCUGCACAUGCCGGAGGAGCAGGCGUUCUGCGUGCUGGUGCAAAUCAUGUACCACUACAAGCUGCGCGACCUGUUCAAAGACGGAUUCGAGAACCUGAACAUGCGCCUGUACCAGCUGGGCCGGCUGCUAGAGGACCAGGUGCAGGACCUGUGGCAGCACUUUCAGGAAAAGGGGGUCGAGGAGCACAUGUAUGGCUCGCAGUGGUUUCUCACUCUCUUCACCGCUAAGUUUCCUCUCCACUUGGUCUUUCACAUUCUCGACGUGUUCCUUCUCCUCGGAACCGACACUCUGUUUCUGGUUGCACUCGCUUUGCUCACGUCGAGCAAGAAAGACCUGCUGCAGCUGGACUUUGAAGGCGUGCUCAAGUACUUCAGGGUGAACCUGCCCAAGAAGUACCGCACCCCCAAAGCCUCUGCUCAGCUGAUGAAAAAGGCGUGCAGUUUGAACGUGAAGAAACUGCACAAGUACGAGAAGGAGUACCUGACCCUGAAGAACGCGCAGGACAAAGCCGACCUGUACGGCAACGAGUUCGAGCGGCUCAAGAACGAGCUGCAAUUCUCCGAGGAGGACAGGGAGCGUCUCAGGACCGAGGUCACGCAGGUCAAAGAGAUGAUCCAAAGGGAGGUGCAACGAGCCAACGACGAGAGGCAGAGAAACGAGGUCAUCAUCUCCGAUUACAAAAAGAUCUGCUCGCAACUCAGUCAGCGGCUCGAGGAGCAAGUGCAAGCUGGCAAGAUUCUGGAAUCUCAGGAGAGGGUUUGCCCAAAAUGCAAAGGAAUCUCGGAAAACUCGUGGGUGGACCCGCUGAGUGCAGACGCCGAUCCCAGACUGGCACAAGCGCUGCAGAGGGUGCGAGAGCUCGAGCUGGAACUCGCACAGACUAAACUGGAGCAUGUGGAGGCGGAGUGCAGGAAUCAGGACCUAAUCCACCAGCUGAAUGCAGUCAGCUCAGAGCUGCAGGCCAGCAAAAGCUCGUGGCUCAACAAGACGCUGUCGUCGUUCAAGGAGGCGGCAAAGAAAGAGGGAGCUAGCCUACCUGCGAGGAGGGAGUCGAAAGACGGCAUGGUCAGAGACGCCGCCUAAACUAUCUAAUUAUAUAUUCUUAUCAACUCACAAAAUGCCCUCGAGCAGAAAUAAUAAUAAUUGUCGUUUAGGCAUUGCUUUUACAUGUUAUCAACAGUAACACUACUUAUUGUACUUGUAUCAAAUCGGAACGAGGGAUCAACUUCCCCGUGUAAUGUUUCCCUCCAUGCUUACUCACUAGUCACUGACUGAGGGCUAUUCAAUCACAAAAAUUCAUAGGGUUAGUGCCAUGGUCAAAAUAAAGAUAGCUCUACUUUUUGUAUUAAAACACAA